AUGUUACUGUAUUCAAGUAUUAGAAACUUUGUUGCUGGACGCAGUUUAUCAACCGUUGCCAGAGUGCAAUGCGUUGCUCAAAGAACUGCAAGAUCUCGAAGAAAUGUCGCUAACAGAUACCGAAAUUUCACCUCGUCAAGUUCAAGAUAUCGAUUUAUAAGUGAAGAGUUAAGUCAUGUAACUGGUCCUACAGAACCUCCCCUGUCUUCACAUACUAUAGGUAGUUUGGUGGAAGAAACAGCCAAGAAUUACGGUCACUUGAAUGCCGUUAUUUCUAUGCAUCAAAAUGUGGAACUCACUUAUAGCGAGUUAGACCGUCUUUCAUCUAUAGUCGCGACCAAUCUGGCUGAAAAGUACGGUAUCAAGAAGAAUGACAGAGUAUCUGUUUGUGCUGGUAAUAUCUGGGAAUAUCCAGUUCUUCAGAUUGGAUUGGCUAAAUUAGGUGCCAUUAUGAUUCCGCUGAAUCCGGCCUUUACUCAUGGCCAGUUCCAUGCUGGCAUGGAAGGAAGUGGUUCAAAGGUAUUGAUUAUUCAAUCUCAUCUUCAUAGAGGCAGGCGGAAGCCGGCGAGGGAUAUGGAACCUCUUAUACAAGAGAUUCUGUCCAAGAAGAACUCUCCUGACAUUGAAGCCAUAUUCGUUAUUCCUCCAACGUCAUCUACCCCAGAAGGAAACGCUAUUAAAGGUGAUGCUCUUUCUAAGCUAUCUGCAAAGCAUACUUCCGAAUUCAAGUUUCAUCGUGGUACCAUCCCGUUUUCAAAUCUUCUAGAGGACAUUACACCCAAAGAAUAUGAUACCGACUGUCAGGAUACCAUCAACAUGCAAUUUACAUCCGGAACUACUUCAGCUCCUAAAAUCACCUCAUUGUCUCAUUAUAACCUGGUCAACAAUGGACGUUUCAUUGGUAAUCGAAUGGGAUUGUCUGCUACCCAGUCUCACCAUCCUACGGGCCAGGAUCAUAUGUGUAUCCCGGUGCCCAUGUUUCAUUGUUUCGGACUAGUUUUGUCAAAUUUAUGUGCAUGGUCUACGGGAUCUUGUCUAGUAUACCCUUCAGACGCAUUUGAUCCCAUUGCAUCUCUAACUUCAGUACGCAAAUACUCGUGCACUACUUUACAUGGCGUUCCUACUAUGUUUGCUGCCCAAUUAGACCUGAAUGAUGGCCAACAAAGAGGGUACGAGUAUCUUCGUACUGGAAUUGCUGCUGGGUCCUCUGUACCAAUUGAAAUCAUGAAGAGACUCUCCCAAGAGCUUCAUCUUAAUGAACUGACUAUCUGUUAUGGCAUGACUGAGACAGCUCCAGUCAGUUUUAUGUCUCAUCCGAAUGACAGUGCCGAGAGGCGCUGUACUACGGUUGGUACCAUCAUGCCUCAUACCGAAGCUAAAAUCGUUCGACCUGGGGAUGAUACUUUGACUCCUCUGCCUAUUGGGGAAAAAGGUGAAAUUGUGGUUGCUGGGUACUUAUUGAUGAAAGAAUAUUACCGGGAUGCUUCCAAAACUGCCGAGGCAAUUGCCGUAGAUGCUGAUGGCAAGAGAUGGAUGAAAACUGGUGAUGAGGGUCAAAUUGAUAAGGAAGGAUUUUUAACGGUGACUGGCCGUAUUAAAGAUCUUAUCAUUCGUGGAGGUGAGAAUAUUCAUCCUCUGGAGAUCGAGAAUGCUCUUUUUACGCAUGACGCUGUUCUUCAAGCAUCAGUAGUCGGGGUUCCUGAUAAGAAAUACGGAGAAGCUAUCUGCGCUUUUAUCGUCCUUGAUCAUACUCAUAAGAAAGAUCCCCCAUCCAUCAGAGAGAUCCAGGAAUUCGUCACUGAACGAUUGGGCCAUUAUAUGGCACCCAAGUACGUACACUACGUCGACGACUUCCCAAAAACGGCCAGUGGUAAGAUCAGGAAAGUCGAUCUGAAGCAGACUGCCAUAGAACUUAUGUAA